AUGAAGCUGGGUUUGAUCUUCAGUGCCCUCUUCGGGGUUUCCUUGUGCCUGGAAUCUUUUGUUGGGCACCAGGUUCUCCGAAUCAAGCCAAAAAAUGAGGAGGAGAUUAAGAAGUUACAGCAUUUGGAAACGAUGGGACACCUCGAGCUUGACUUCUGGAGGAAUCCCACCGCCCCAUCCUUCCCUGCAGAUGUGAGAAUUCCUGCUAAAAGAGUCCAGUUAGUCAGAGCCUUCCUGGAAUCCCAUGGGUUUGAGUACUCUGUCCUCAUCAAUGACCUGCAAGUUGUUCUAGAUAAAGAGAAGCAAGAUAUGGCCCACAGUCAGCAAAAGGAUCGCAGCACCGCCACCUUCAACUAUGGAACUUACCACUCCUUAGAUUCCAUUUAUGCAGAACUGGAUCAUCUUGCAUCUGCCUAUAACAACAUUGUCCAGAAGCUCCAGAUUGGGGAAUCCUAUGAAAAGCGGCCUCUGUUUGUGCUCAAGUUCAGCACUGGAGGACGCAACCGCCCUGCAAUCUGGCUUGAUGCUGGUAUCCAUUCCAGGGAGUGGGUUACCCAAGCGAGUGCAAUGUGGAUAGCUAAACAGAUUGCCUCUGACUAUGGAAAGGACCCAUCCACCACCUCUUUACUGAACAAAAUGGACAUUUUCCUGCUGCCAGUUGCAAACCCAGAUGGAUAUGUAUUCACUCACACCACUAAUCGCAUGUGGCGGAAGACCCGCUCCAGGAAUAAAGGCAGUCUGUGUGUUGGAGUCGAUCCAAACCGGAACUGGGAUGCACGUUUUGGAGGUCCUGGAGCCAGCAAUAAUCCCUGUUCUGACUCUUACCAUGGGCCCAGUGCCAACUCGGAGGUGGAAGUUAGAUCCAUUGUCAACUUUAUCAGGAAUCAUGGGAACAUCCGGGCCUUCCUCACCCUCCACAGUUACUCUCAGCUUCUGAUGUAUCCCUAUGGCUAUAAAUGCACUCAGCCAGCAGACUACGCCGAGCUGGAUGACUUGGGAAGAGCUGCUGCCUAUUCCAUCCGAUCCAUUUAUGACACCACCUUCAGAGUGGGCAGCAUUUGCAAAACUAUCUACCAAGCCAGUGGAGGCAGCAUUGACUGGAGCUACGAUUAUGGCAUCAAAUACUCUUACGCCUUUGAGCUGCGAGACACGGGGCGCUUUGGUUUCCUUCUGCCAGCCAACCAGAUUAUCCCAACGGCAGAGGAGACCUGGCUGGGCCUGAAAACAAUCAUGGAGCACGUGCGAGACAAUCCCUAGUAAAGGCUGGGGUGGGA